AUGGAGACAACGACGAUGAAAGAGCAAGCUCUGGAGAAGCAAAUCGGCGGUUGCAUGUCCGGCUUCUUCAACAUCUUUGAUCGUCCUCAUCUUCUCUCCCCGAAACGCUUUGCCUUGCCCAAACGUCUCUCUUCUUCCUCCUCCUCCUCCUCUCCGCUAACUGCUGAAUCUCGACCUGCCUGCUCCCCCUUGGAUUCAGGGAUCCAGAAACAGCAGAGUGUGUAUUCUACCCCAGAGCUCCGGUCUCCGGCGCCGGAUCAGAAACUGUCGAGAUCGCCGCUCACUCUUCCAGUCAUGGAGUUGAAGCAAGGAUCUCCAAAGUCACCCUGGAGGUUCUCGAAAGAAGCUCCUCGGCUAUCGCUGGAUAGCAGAGCCGUGGUGGAUGCCAAGGGAAGCCUCAAGCCGAGACAGAUCCGCACGGAGGGAGGCUCACCAAGCGUGAUCGCACGGCUGAUGGGAUUGGAGGCAUUGCCCGCUGCAGAUUCCCAACAGCCUCUCCAGAGAUCUGCAUCCGAGUCGAGAGUCAGCAGAGAUUACCGAUUCGUCGACACCUUGAGCUUUCGGGAAGAAGAAGGCCCGGCGGAGGCGGAGUUCCAGGUCAGGAGCGGCAGAUCAAAGCCAGCGAGAGCUCCACCCCCGCAGAAACAACUUGUCCGGCCAAAGAGUUUUUUCGAUUCCGCGGAUUUCUUCCCGGAGCCCAGACGGUGUGGAGGUACCAAAAUGAGUCCUCCGAGCGAUCUGGAAACCCUGAAGCAACUUCUGGAAGCUCUUAGGCUCAAAGGACUGCUGCACUCUUCAUACAGCGGAAGGAAUCUGGUCCAUGAAUCUCCGAUCAAAGCAGCUAGGCCUACCUUUGGGAUCAGAUCUGGAGCCGGAGAAUCGCCGUCAAGAGCAAGACGGAGGAGAAGUGAAAAUAGCGUCAAGAGUCCUGAUAGGAGACCAUCACGGAGAGUCUGUCCUCCUGAGGAAGAGAUGUGGAGGCUGGAUGAGUAUAACAGUAACAGACAAGGGAAAACUCUACUGGAGAGGUGCGACAAGCUUCUCAACAGCAUAGCCGAGAUGGCGGCGGAGGGUGAGGCCGGAGAGUCGCAACCGAGUCCCGUCUCCGUUCUUGACGCCUCACUUUACCACGAGGAGUCUUCUCCAUCGCCGGUCAUGAAACGCAGCCUCGAUUUCACAGGUACUCUCUCGUCUCUUUAUUUGUCGACAGAAUCCUGGGGUGGCUCGUUGGUCUCAGACGAAUAUGUAUACAUCUCCGACAUCCUCCGAGCCUCCGAUUGCAUAGCACAAGAGUCGGACAUGUUCUCGCUGCUGGAAAAGCAGCAAUACCGGUACCGCAACUUAUCAGCUGAGGAGAGACGGCUCAUCUUCGACGCGGUGGAAGAGAUAGUGGGGCGGAGGAGGAGGUUGCCGCCGUGGAGAAUGGUGGGAGAGGCUGAUGAGAAUAAGAUGGAGGUGAUCUGGUCCGAGUUCCAGAAGAUGAGAAAGAAAAGGUCGUCGGCGGAGGAGGAGGAGGACCUUGUUGGAUACGUGUGCGGGGUCCUGGGAAGAGAUCUAUCAGAGGACCGGUGGCGAGAGUGUCAGGUGGACAUGUCAGAUGCGGUGCUUGACAUCGAACGGCUCGUAUUCAAAGAUCUUAUCGGUGAAACCAUAAGCCAUCUGGCUGCUCUUAACAGGUCCCACUCCCACUCGCUGCGUAGGAGGCUGCUCUUCUGA